AUUUGGAUCUCUUAACCAUACCACGUGCGUAAUACGGGAGUAGACGAUAAGUUCCUAAAAUAGUACAUUUCAUUAGUUCAAUCGGUUUCGUUUGGUUGUUUUGAGGAGUGAAAACAUUGGAAAAAUGCGUGAAAUUGUGCAUUUGCAGGCGGGACAGUGUGGCAAUCAGAUUGGCUCAAAGUUUUGGGAAAUAAUCUCCGACGAGCAUGGCAUCGACCAGACGGGUUACUAUAGAGGAGACAGCGACCUGCAGUUGGAGAGGAUCCAGGUGUAUUACAAUGAGGCUGCUGAUGGUGCACGCUUCGUCCCCCGCGCAGUGCUGGUCGACCUGGAGCCAGGAACCAUGGACGCCAUCAGGUCUUCCACCUACGGCCAGCUGUUCCGACCGGAUAACUAUGUGUUCGGACAGAGUGGCGCUGGUAACAACUGGGCUAAGGGCCACUACACGGAAGGUGCAGAGCUGGUGGAUGCAGUCAUGGAUGUCGUGAGGAAGGAAGCUGAGCCUUGCGACUGCCUCCAAGGUUUCCAGCUCACUCACUCCCUGGGUGGAGGAACUGGUUCUGGUCUGGGUACUCUACUCCUCAGUAAACUUCGUGAGGAGUACCCGGAUAGGAUUGUCAAUACUUUCAGUGUUAUGCCGUCUCCUAAGGUAUCAGACACGGUAGUAGAGCCCUAUAACGCGACUCUCUCCGUUCACCAGCUGGUUGAGAACACGGAUGAGACAUUCUGUAUCGACAACGAGGCUCUAUAUGAUAUCUGCUUCAGAACCCUGAGGCUGGCAUCUCCUACUUACGGAGAUCUUAACCAUUUAGUGUCCUUGACAAUGUCAGGAGUGACCACAUGUCUACGUUUCCCGGGACAACUGAACGCAGAUUUGCGUAAACUGGCUGUGAACAUGGUACCUUUUCCACGACUGCAUUUCUUCAUGCCAGGUUUCGCCCCCCUAACAGCUCGCAACAGCCAAGUGUACCGAGCACUAACAGUGCCCGAACUAACACAACAGAUGUUCAGCCCCUCUAACAUGAUGGCGGCUUGCGACCCGCGCCACGGCCGCUACCUCACCGUCGCCGCUAUAUUCCGCGGCCGAAUGUCCAUGAAGGAGGUUGAUCAACAGAUGCUCACUGUGCACGACAAGAAUAGCAGCUACUUCGUGGAAUGGAUCCCGAACAAUAUGAAGGUAGCUGUCUGCGACGUGCCUCCCCGAGGACUGAAGAUGGCCGCCACCUUCGUAGGGAACACCACCGCUAUACAGGAGAUCUUCAAACGCGUGUCUGAGCAGUUCACUGUCAUGUUCCGGAGAAAGGCUUUCCUUCACUGGUACACCGGUGAAGGUAUGGAUGAAAUGGAGUUCACGGAAGCCGAGAGCAACAUGAACGAUUUGGUUUCCGAAUACCAACAGUAUGAGGAUGUGGGCGUAGACGGUGAUGAAUUUGACAAUGAAGAUGAAGAAGGCGCCGAGGAAUAUCCAGAAGAGGAGUAGCUUCUACCAUCAGCUCAACCUUUAUAGUAGAAAUGG